UGUACAUAGUACAUAUGAAUUCAUUGCGAAGAUGGUUAGCAAGCAAUUUUUAACUGAAUUCAUUGAAAUUCUAAAAGAAAAUAAUGCAAUUUGGCAAAUCAACAGUGAAAAAUAUAAAGACAAAAACGAGAAACAAAAAUCGUGGGAAAAACUUUUAUCGAAAUUUAAAGAAUUUGAUAAAAAUGCUACAAUUGAAAUGACAAAAAAGAAGUAUCAUGCAAUUAGAGCCUGCCAUAGACGUGAAUUACAGAAAAUUAGAAGAAGUGAGAAAUCUGGUGCAGACUCCGAACAUUUAUAUGUACCAACAUUGUGGUAUUUUGAUCAUUUAGAUUUUUUACGGGAUCAAGUAACCAACCAACUGGAUGAAAUUGCUGCAAUUGAUGAUGACUCAUUUGAGGAAGAAAUUGAAAAAGAACCAAGCUUUAAAAAACAGGCAUUUGAUCCAACUAUUUUUCUACAAACGGAUGUUAAUCAUCAACAAAUCCAAAACUCCCGCCAGAAUCAUAACAAAGAUGAUGCUGAUAUUUAUAGUGAAUCGUGGGCGGUGACGUUCCGCAAAUUGAAGCCAGAUCAAAAAAUUUUUGCAAAACGUCUGAUGGAUGAUGCACUAAUGUACGCUCAAUUGGGCCAGUUGUCGCUUUCCAGUUCAAUAAAUCCAGGCAUAGAAACCGUUGAGCUACCAUUUCAUCCCACAAUAUUACACUGCGACAAUACCAAUUCAUCUACCUCUAUGCCAUAGUGUCAUGGAACACCAUCACCUGUAA